AUGGCAUCAUUGGCAAUCUAUUUGCUGCUACUCCUGGGCGCUGUAUAUGGUGGACAUGAAAAAUAUGAAGGACACCAUUUGUACCGAGUGGCAGGACCCUCCGAUGAGUUUGCUCAAUUAGAAGCACACGUCGACUUCCUCUCAACCACGCCGGCAGCAAUUUCAAAGUCCGGCCAACUUGAAGUGCUCCUAAAAUUAUCACCAGAAGAAAGAGAAAAAUGGUUGAAUUAUUUUACGGAGAAAAAUAUGCACUACACAUUAGUAGCUGACAACUUAGCCAACAUUCUUCGAGAUGAAGAAACACAACUUAACAGAAACAAAGCAAGAUCAAGAAGCGACAACAAUUCUAUGUCAUGGGAUCAGUACUACGGUUACCAAGAAAUAAACGACUACUUAGACAGCCUCGCUGAGAAAUACCCAAAAGUCUUAACAGUUAUCAACUCUGGCUUAAGUUAUGAAGGAAAACAGAUUAAAUAUGUCCGAAUUUCGACAAGCCGCUUCGAACAACUCCAUAAACCAGUGGUAUUCAUUGACGCAGCAGUUCACGCUAGGGAAUGGGUCACACCCCCUGUGGCAUUAUAUUUAAUACAUAAGCUGGUGGUUAACGUGACCGACCCAGAUCUUGUAGAGAAAAUAGAUUGGAUAAUUUUCCCUAUGGCGAAUCCUGAUGGUUAUGAAUAUUCUAUGAAAGAGGAUCGUAUGUGGCGUAAAACUCGUUCAAAGUCACACGAAGGUAGCGACGAAUGCCCUGGAGUUGAUGGUAACCGCAACUUUGACCAUUACUUUGGAACCAGGAACGCCAGCUCUGAUCCCUGUUCUAUAAUCUAUGAAGGCCCUUCAGUGUUCUCUGAACCGGAAAUAAGAGUCAUAAGGGACGCUGUGUUGACACAUUUAGAUAGGAUCCGAUUGUACAUUUCCGCUCACAGUUUUGGCAACAUGUUCUUGUAUGCUUGGGGAAAUAAUGGUACUCUUCCCUCAAACGGCCUCAUGUUGCAAGUCACUGGAGUCCAAAUGGCCCAAGCAAUAGAUAAAUUGAAAUUGCCUACCGCCCAAAGCUACAUUGUAGGAAACAGUGCACAAAUACUCUAUUACACUUCUGGUACAUCCAGAGAUUGGACACGUGCAGUUGGAAUCCCAUUCACCUACACCCUGGAACUGCCUGGAUAUGAAUAUGGUUUUUUGGUCCCUCCAAAAUAUAUUGAACAGAUUGUUACCGAAACAUACGCCGGUUUCGCUGCAGGAGCGCGUUAUGUUCACUCUAUUUAUAAUUAA